AUGGCCAAUAAUGAAAUUGAACAAAUAACUAAAAAUGAAACAUCAGACAAGAAACGUUCAAAAUCUAAAAAAGAAAUUAAUCAUAAUAAUGACUAUUCGUAUAUAUCUGAUUAUUUACAAGUAACCAAUCGUAUAUUUAAACAAAUGUUCAUCAGUUCAUUAGAAGGUGCUGAUAAAAUUGUUAAACGAUUAAAUACAAGUGAAAAAAUUAACUAUAUUCGUCAAUAUGCUUAUUUAAUACAUCGUCUAUUCUAUGUACAAUGA